UUUUGAUUGUUUUCUUCUUUAUUCAGUUUUUGAAAAAAAAUAAUUCGAAACACGUCAUUUGUCUUUUUCUCCAAGUUUGCAGAAACAAAGCCCUUCGUGGAAGCAGGAGUUCACAGUUUGUUUUUGGAGCGGGCUACAAAAGGAAUAUUUUUCCGGUUCGUUUAAAGCUCGCACAAGCAAAUCAUUCAACAUUGCUCUUGCCGAUUUCAACUGGAGUAAGACCAUGUCAGUAUUGAGGUAUUCGACCCUUCUCAGUCUUUGAAUCCAGUUUAUUGCCUGUGUGGAGAGCAGGUUGAAAUAGAAGUGAAUAUCUUUGAUCAGAUAAAUGCACGCCACACACACAUGCUUUUGGCGCACAGUGUGAUGGCUCAGGGCAACAAAAGAAGGGCCCAUCUUUCUGAGACUGAUGCAACUAGUUUGCCUUCUGGAACUUUCUUGUAUCCGAAAACUGUUCUACCAAGAGCGGCGUCGACACCGGAAUUACCACUGGAAAUCCGCAGUGCCUCUCAAGAUUACGCCGCAGAAGAAAAGAACGCGAGCAAAAGGAAAUACAGUCGUCCUCGGAGUGUCAGUUUUCAUCCAGACAUACGGUUAUAUUACGCCGCCACCACCAACGAUUUAGAUGAGGUGAAGAUGUUGGUGGAGUCGGGAAUGGCUGAUGUGAACGCCACAAACCCCGCCGAAGGUGCAACGGCGUUGCACGGAGCCGCGUACGAAGGAAACGUAGAUUGCAUUCGGUAUCUUCUAGAAAACGGCGCUGACGUGAACGUGCAGGACGACGAUGGUUGGACGUCGUUACACGCAGCUGUCUGUGGCGAGAAAAGGAAAUGUGUUGAACUUUUGCUAAAAGCGAACUGUGACCCUUUUGCUGAGACCAUUGAUGGAUUGACGCCAUUUCAGAUGGCAAUAGAAAUGGCGAAUGAUAAACUUGUUAGACUGUUUGUGAAAAAGUUUAGUGUCAUGAUGGACGACAAAUCUGUUCCCGAGACUUUUGUAUGAAGUUAACUUGCUAGCGAAGAUUAUAUUAGAAAAUUCAAAGUUCUUUGUAGCUAGACGAGUUUGGACUUCGAACAGUGGUAAUCGAGUUCUUCUAAGCUCUAGUCAGCCAACUUUCAAAAAGAAGAGACAAAUUGUAUAUAAUUUUUUUCCUUUCAAUUCAAAUCUAUUCAAAUUCUAAUACACGAGAAAGUUGAUCGUCAAACUGAACUUUCACCUCGCCCUUCACGAGGCUAAAACUGAACUUUUGAUUAUAGUUUAGAGAAUAAAAUUAAUCUUCUCUUAUUA